UUAGCACUAAUUCGAGGAGCCGCUAGAAGGGCUCGAAAGAGGAUAGACCUGCGUUUUCAAACUGCACGUACAGCACUCAAAUUACUUUCUUGUUUAUUUGACAAGAUUGCGUGCUGGCUCGUGUCACGCUGACGUUUUCGUUCACUGCGAGCUCUCCGCUGUUUCAAGCCGAUGGUGACGAUGAUGAGUACCUGCGCAGUGCCCACAUGAUUUCAUACCAUCAUAUGAUUUCUACAGUUGCUCGUGAAAGUACACCACCAACAAGUGAGAGUUUUUAACUGUAUGAACCGCGCACAGCAUGUGCCCAGUAUACCGAGUUGAAUGUAGUUUCAACCGUAAAUAUUUCACAGAAAAAAGUGUAUUAUGUAAGGAAAAUUAAGUGUAAUUAUGGCUUAGAUGAUUAGCAUAACUUCGCAAAUGACUAACAUUAUUAGAUUAACUUAUUGAAGGACCUACGCAUGAAAAAGUUGAAUCAUGAUAUGGUCGAGUCGAAAGUCAUCCACGUCAACAGCAGCGAUACUCCACUGGCUGGUAAAUAUCAACAUCAAAUGACAUCACAUGAGUAUCCAAAGUCCACUGGGAAGCGACAUCAGAUCACCCGGGCCAGUGUCCAUCUUGCCGAGCCAUUGAGUCACCCAACCAAGUUUUAUCUUAAACUUCGACCAGAAUGUAACAAGGACAAAUUCCGGGUGAUAGUGGCGGUUCGGAAUGGAUAUCAGCCGGCUACGGUUGAUGAGUUAUUGGAGACGGAUGAUCUACUGUUAUCGCGGAAGAUAUCUGACUCGCCUUUGAACCCUGUCAGCAGUAAGGUCGACUUCAAGAGAGAUCGAUCCUCAUACACCAGGAAUUUGUCUCCUCCAUUAACACAUGAAAACAUUCGAUUUCUCGAUGAAGACGAAGAUAGUAAAGGGUUUGCACCAAUAAAAGAUAUCAUUGAAGUGGAUAAGAUUAUAAACAAUAGCAACGCAACAGCGGCCAUAAGUCGUCAAGAACAGCUACCAAAUGGAUUACAAAACGUGGGCACUGUUAUUGAGAUGGGGGUACAAUCGCAGUUAAUCUUGGCCCCCGGGGGCACAGGACAACUGCACUUCGAGAUUACAAACUACCGAAAUGAGCCAAUUUUUCAUACGUUUCAAGUAACUGGAGAACAACGAUACUUGGUCUCGUUGAGCAUGCAAAGUUUACUCUUCGCACCUGGAGUCACAGCUGAGGCAGUCGUUACAGUUCGCGUUCCAGCAAAUGCAAUGAUCGGAACAAAAGAUCAAAUAACUUUCACUUGUCAAGGCAAUGGACAAGCAUCGAAAGUGGCGACAUUGAAAGUUAUGCAGGCUUCGGACAAUCAGGACACAACGCAACCAUCAAUAAACUGGAAUUUCGGCAGUCGAUGUGACGGCAACAAGCUUGAAACAGGAGCUUGUGCGGACUACAUUUGGUCGGUGGACAUAACAGCCCAAGACUGGGGCACAGGUUUAUUACGGAUGCAAUCUAAUCCCCGAGGAGUUUACACCAGGAGCCCUUACAUUUCGGGAACCACCAGCCCAGUAACGGCCGUCUACUCUUCAAGUUGCUGCCAACCGCGAGUGACCAUCACCGCAUAUGACCUUGCCGGUAACGCGAGGACGGCUACAAUCGACGUGCGUGACUUCUACCUUUCAGACGCAUCAAUCGCUGCAAUUGUUCUCGGAGUCGUGCUCCUGGUUGUCCUCAUUAUUAUAAUAAUUGCGCUCAUUGUGUGGUGUUGCAAGAGGAGACAAGAAGUCAUCGUCCUUCCUUCGUACCGCAGCCAUAGACGAACGUCAACAACAUAAGGAGACCAUGACAACCUUGACAUAAAAACAUUAAAUUAUUCUAGUUUCUACCAAUAGCGUAAGAAGGGUUCAAGGGUAGUUGUAGUCUUUGUAACAGCUUUUCAUAACGACCAAAAAUAAAGAAAUCCAACAAGCAACAGGUUGAUGGCGACCUGUCAAACCUCCCAAA